AUGGCAAAAUGCAUCGUCGAAGGGUUUUGUGCAUCAAAUCGUCACAAAUUAAUUCAGUUGAUCUCACAUUCUAACGACCACAAUAUAAAUCUGUGGUCGUCAUGGAAAGGCACGCGUUGCUGCAAUGCGCUGAGCGUACAAAAUGCCGAGGACAAUCACAAGCGUAGGCCAAAUCUUGAAGAUGAAGUCACACGACCGCAAGCAAAGUUAAUGCUAAGCGCGCAGCUGUAG